CAAAGAUUGCACGAUGUUCGUGGCGACCGUUGUGCGGAAAUGUGGAUUUUCCUGUGCAAACCGGGUUUUCCCGAGCCUUUACCGGCGGGGACGCUUCUCAACUCCUUCUUACCACCGAGCGAUACACGGCACACCAUGGGCGGGAGUUAAAAAGCACGUCGAGAACGAAAAUGACUACGCCAGUUCGGUUUUACACAAGAGUUUCGCACAAGUUCCCGGAGAGGAGAUUCGAUUAAAGACUUCGACACGAACCCCGGAGCCACCGAUUAAUAUUGAUAAUUUUGUAGAAUCAUCGAAUUGUGCUGAAAAGAAUCCGGAGAAGCAGCUGGAACUGCUGGAUGGCUUCGUAACACUCGUAGCCCAUGGCAACGCACCGGUGGACGAUGGCAGAUUUGCCGGUUUCGUAGAAUCGUUUGCGGAAAGUGUGCCUUUCUUCGAUGAGGCGCACCUAGAGCUGGCCCUUAAUCUGCUGACCAAACUGGACGAUAUCAAAACACCGUACGAACCGAACUAUGUCGACCUUUGGAUGGCACUCGAUGGCGAAUGUUUGAAACGCGUGACGGACUGGGACACCGAACGGUUGCUAAACUUUGCCGAUCUCUGGUAUCCGCUCCGGUUGACCAAGCAGGGCAAGUUCGUGAACAAGGCUCUGUGGAAGAUUAGCAACCGGUUACGGAAGCUACCACCACGGACGCUGGUGAAAACCGUGUUCUACAUCAACCUGACGCGCGUUCCGAUGGAAAACAUGAUGGACAUCGAAGUAAACUUUGCGCAAAACUUUGACUCUUUCAGCAUCGACGAUGUGGCGGUGCUGUGUAUGGGAUUUUUCAAAACCGAAACACCCAUCCGGUCAACGGAACUGUUGGAUAAGAUCUACCACACGACGAUACGACACGCGGCCACGGUGGAGGACAUUGCGCUGACGGCGAUUUUAAAGCUGCUACGAUAUUCCUCCCGCAUACCAAGUGUACCGUCGAUGGAGGCGCUACUGGACGCGCUCGUACCCCGGAUACGAAGCCUGUCGACGUUUGCGUGUCUGCACGUGGCACUGCUGGGGAGUGAUAUCCAUCUGUGUCACGGUGCCACCCUGGAGCCGGUGGUGGCCAAAUUCGUCGACAACCUGUCGGAGCUACGGUUAAAGGAUCUGGAGCGCAUUGCGUUCGUACUAGCGCACAACAAUACAGCGUUCGUAUCGGGGAAGGAUAGCCUACUGUGUGCACGGAUACUGGAGGAUUUACCGAAUCGUAUCACCGAGAUUGUCACAUAUCCACGGUGCUACAUUUCGCUGCUCUACUUUCUGGCCAUCAGGAACGUGUACAACGUUGACUAUAUCUCGGCCGCUUUCGAUAAACAGUUUCUUAAAUUGGCGUACAAGAAAAAUCUUCCCGGUGCUGGCCGUGAGACAGUGUCAUUGGAUGCGUACGCCAGCAUCAAUCUGCGCGACCGUUACGAUGGUAACCGCUUUCCGGCCAAUGCUUUCCAGAUUGUUUGCAAGCUUACGCAGGACUAUCUACCAAAUCCCAAGUAUCGGCUUACGAAAUCCGAUCGCAUGUUGCUCGACAUUCAGCGCACGUUCGGUGAGCUAAGGCCGGGGUCAACUCAACUCUGUCGCAUCGUACACCUGCUGCCCCACUACCAGCGUCCAGAUAUUCUGUUCUGCUGGGAUGCCCUGUCCAAACGAAUGCUCAACGUGGACGAACUGCUGCCGGAACAGAGCACCCAUGAGAUCAUGGCACGGGAGACGGUGCUGAAGGAGCGAAGCAAGGAAAGGCCUCUCCGGCUGGUGGCCAUCGUGGUGGGCUCGUGGAACUGCUACGUUCGGAAUGUAAAACGGCGGACGGGCGGCUAUGCGAUGAAGCUGGAACAGUUGCGUCGCCUAGGCUACGAAAUAGUGGAAAUACCGUGGUACGAAUGGCCAGUCUACUCGCAAGAUGAUAUGCUCAAGUAUCUCCAAGCCAAAUUAGUCGCGUAUAGCUAGCCGUGUAGAGAAAAGGAUACGUUAAUUUAUUCGCAACUUAAGUAGAAAAUCCA